AUGGUCCGCAUCGCCAAGGCCCUGGGGUUGGUUAUCCUGUGCGUCGCCGUGCUCAUCCUGUCCCUCAUCAGCUACGUGUCCCUGAGGAAAGACAGCCUCUUCGCCUCCUCCAAGUACUACAUGGGAGGCCCGCGGAUUAUGUUUCACGCAGGGUUCCGGUCUCAGUUCGCCUUGAAUUUCCUGGACCCGUCCUUCAUCCCAUUAACCAGUGCACUAAACGAAGAGCUGCAAGGGAAAUCUUCCAAGUGGAAGUUCAACAAGACGGCUUUUUCUCAUCUGAGGAAAGAUAUCUUCAGCUACAUCGACAUUCCCAACAACUUCUCCCUCACAAAGAACAGCGUGCGGGUCGGACAGCUGAUGCACUUUGACUACUCCAGCCACAAGUACGUCUUCUCCAUCAGCAACAACUUCAAAUCCCUGCUCCCAGACGCCUCUCCCGUCCUCAACAAGCACUACAGUGUGUGCGCGGUGGUGGGGAACAGCGGCAUCCUGACGGGCAGCCACUGCGGCCCGGAAAUCGACCAGGCCGACUUCGUCUUCCGCUGCAACUUCGCCCCCACGGAGGUCUACUCCAAGGACGUGGGCAGGAAGACCAACCUGACCACCUUCAACCCCAGCAUCCUGGAGAGGUACUACAACAACCUGCUGACCAUCCAAGACAGGAAUAACUUCUUCCUCAACCUGAAGAAGCUAGAGAGCGCCAUCCUGUGGAUCCCGGCCUUCUUCCUCCAUACCUCAGCCACAGUGACCAGGACCCUGGUGGACUUCUUUGUGGAGCACAAGGGUCAACUGAAGGUCAAACUGGCCUGGCCUGGAAACAUCAUGCACGAUGUCAACAAAUACUGGAAGACUAAAAACCUCUCUCCCAAGCGUCUCAGCACUGGAAUCCUCAUGUACACGCUGGCUUACGCCAUGUGUGACGAGAUCCACCUCUACGGCUUCUGGCCCUUCGGCUGGGACCCCAACACGGGCAACGAUCUGCCUUACCACUACUACGACAAGAAAGGGACCAAAUUCACCACCAAGUGGCAGGAGACCCACCAGCUGCCCAGCGAGUUCAAGCUGCUCUACAAGCUUCACAGGGAAGGUGUGACCAAACUCAGCCUGACACACUGCGCAGCGUAGACCCGGGGUGGGAUGUUCUCCGGGUCGACUCCAGAGGCCGAGACCCAGAUACUUCAGUUCACUCUUCUGUUGUGUCCCCACAGUGCAUGAUCAGUGUUGACAUCAUUUAUGACAACUUCAUCCUACAAACACAAAUCACGUUGUAGCUUCACAUGACGAUGUCAGACUCACUCCAGAUGUAGAUCCCACAUCUCAUUCAGGAUAUGGUUGUGUUCGGUACAGUUCGGAUUUUUUUGUUACGCUGCUCACUUGCCUUCAUUACUCUCCUCUGCAUGUCUGCUGGCUGUGGCUUAACGGCUCGAGCAGAGCACAUGUCUGUUUUUGACUGGAGUCUGCAGGGGAUUUAGCUGUAGAGUCGGAAGAAGUAGUCAAACCAUCCAGUUGUGUUUAAUUCAGUAUUGACUGAUUAAUCGCCUAUUACAACAGUUCUGAAAAUCAAUACACUGAAAUCACUGCCUAAUCUCAGGGAAGGCGUUAGGAUAAGUGUUUAUUUUGUAAUCAGAUUCAACGCCUCAGAGAGGUGCCGUCCCUUUCCCCCAUGAGGUGUGAAGAUUUGUUUACAAGACUGCGCACACACAUGCACACACACACACACACACACACACAUACACACACACACACACACUUAAGUGUGUGCUUUAUUCUCUGCAGAAAGUUUGACCGUCCACACCAAUUUUUGGAAUAAUAAUCAACAUUCCAACAAAAAGCCAUAAAUUCAUGGACAGAAAGUAUGUUGUCAUCACAAUACAGAAUUAAAGAAAGUGGUAUCAACCUACAUUAGGUUCUGAGAACAAAGAUUUUAAGAGUUGACAUAUUUGUCCUAACAGCUGAAUAGCCACGCUAGCGUUUACAUUAAAGUCACACGAGUUAGAUUUUUAGAAGAAAUCAAUAACUGGAAACUUGAGAAAAAACUAAAAUGUCAUUUAACAAGACUCGCUGCUCUGAAAGUAUUUCCAGACACUUUAGCACAGUAAAAAAUAAUAACAAUAAUAAAAAAAUUUUCAGUUUCCAAAGUUGAUACUCUUAUUUUCUGCCUUCAUACAUUACUAAGUUUGACAAUUUAUAAUAAUAAUAAUAAAAAACUAUCAAUAAUGUUGAAUUCUUCAAAUUUGGUUCAUGUUACUCAAAUAUUUAUUCAUGUAUUGAUGGAAUGUUUGAGGAGUCUGGAGUAACUUUCUUCACAGCAAUAAUUAAGUUGCAUUAAAUGACCUUCACGUUUUUCAAAGUUUGAAAACUCUAUUCUUCAAAGGUUUAGUGUUUGUGAUGUAACGGCAAAACAUUAGAGCUACAAACUGGGGCUGAGCUUUUUCUGGCUAUUUUUAAAUUUGCUCCUAUGUUAUUGUCUUUACUAAACUCUAACGAACUUCUAACGUCUUUCAAACUAAAUCAGGUUCUGACUUCGUGGCGUCGACAAAACUUCAGGGAGUCGCUGAUUCUCUCCAACAAAUCAACACAAUCCUAAUUCCACUAAUUGUCGCUUUUGAACACGUUUUAGUUUUUUUGUAUAGACGAAACAAACAAGUUUUAAAAUGUUAGCGAGCUUUAGCGCUGCUGAUCUUGUGACCUUUGGUCUCCGGGCUUCACACUGAAUGUAGAGACAUGAUUUUCUCAAAUGAGACUCGUAAGAAGAAGUGUUUUUCCCUUUAAAACCCAACAUCUUCGUGAAGACUUCGAUAAUGUAAGGAUAAUGCAACGUGAGCAAUAUAACCUCCAAAUGCAAACAACUGUCUUUGUAAAAGUAGUUUGUUCCUAUUAUAUAUGCAUACAUAGAGACACUUGCAUGUUCUGUAGCAUUCAUGCACAUUAGUGGGAAAUCUAAUUAUGUUAACCUGACUGCUUUAGCUAUUUAGUGUAACCCGUACGCACAUGAAAUUCCAUAAUUUGAACCAAUUGCCGAAUUUUUUUGUGAAACGCAAUUCAAAUAUUUAAGUUAAAUAUUUUGAUGAGCAACACGUCAACCAAAUUUUCUCAUCAUGCUUAACAGGUUUUAUGCUAGAUGCUCGUUCCGUGAUCAAAGCAGCCUGGCUGUGAAGUGGGUGUUCCUAAUACUUAACAGAUAUGCUGUGUGGUGAAACACCUUGUAAUUUCUCGGUGGGUAAAUCUCCACUCAGUAAACUCAAGUCACUUUCCAAGGAAACAAGUGCAAUUUGGCAGUUUAUCCCCAAAAUGAGGCAAAAAUGUGAGUUUUGAGGGGAAGGCGACUAUAACACGAGCAUCUUGUGACCUGUGACCCUGCGCUAGCGUGGCUGAAACACCAUUACAAUUUUGGACAAAGUUUAAUCAUAUACUAACUUAUCUUGAGGGUUUACCACUCUUUCAAUAAUACUCUAUUUAAUAUUGAGCUUUUUUUUGACUGGGGAAAGCUGUCAACUCAUCAUAUAACCACAUAGAUCCCAAUAUAAAAGGAUUGAAAUGCUGCAUCUUUAAAAAAAAAAGCAUGAUCCAUUUAAUCGACAUUGCAUGCGAGGCACUAACGAAUCUUUUAGGCUAGUUUUAUACAACCUUUUCGAGGCUUGUUUUGAGGGCAAGUUUGAGUUCUUUGCGAUUGUUUGUAUUCCUGAUGGUGUAUUCAAACAUCACCAGUGUCUUUGUAUGACAGACAUUUUGAAAGCCAAAAAAAAAAAGAAACCUACUGCUCUAUUCCACAUGGGACCAAAACCUCUACAGAUCGACUUAAAAAAUGAACAGUUUUAUUUUUUAUAAGUGUAGAUAAUCUAGGGUCUUGUUAAAAAAAGGCUCCACCCCGUCCCACCAGACUGAGGCAGACUGGUGUCGGUGGGGUUGAGGAGGAGCGGGGGGCCCAAGUGGUGAAAGCUGGCCCACAUGACCGUCUCAUGGCUCUGCAGCAUUGUGCUUGAUCCUGGUCGCAAAAUUCAGGCUUAGGGUUUAACACACAGAGCGAUGCAGUCAUCGACACUUUGGAAGAUGAAGUGUGCGCUUCUGUGCUGGCUCGGUUUUUGGCGUGGCGAGCGUUUAAACUCCUGUCUGUCAUCUCUGAAUCACAGUGCAGUCGCCACAACCGCCACCAACACACCCAAGGUACCAAUAGCUGAAUUUAGGCCAUUUAAUUGAUGUCAUAGUUUCAAAUUAAUUUUGUCCCCCUCAUUAGGAAUGUUAUAUAUAUAUGUACACCAAAGACCAUGUGUUUAGACAACUCACACCGAAUAUUGUUGUAGUAUAAAUCGAUUUGUUUUGAAUUUCUGCUUUUUGUGGCACGGAAAAAUUAUUUGAACCUUUUUUUUUCUGUUUCAGCCAAAUCAACGUAUAGUGGAAUUUAUAUGUGACUCCAUGAAUGUUCUCUUGUAGCUUGACUCGUUUGGAAAAAUCCACUGCCGCUGACGUGAAUGCUGGAACGUUUCUCUUAAAUUUGAAAGAAUGUGUGUCAACAGUUGGGGAUUGUGAUUCCAGUUGGAGACAAAAGCAUAUCUUUCUGUGUGUUACUUUUAAAAUCGAGCAGACAGUGACAGACAUAAUCUUAACAUAAACUGUCUUUAUUCCAAAUGCAGCUCUAUACAGGACUCCAACAACAACCCUUUAACAUUAUUGUAGUUGUGUUCAAUCUGCAUGGCGACUUUCUUCCAUAACGCAUAAAAAAGCUUGGCUGCUUAUGUACAUGUUGUAUCAAAGUCAUAACUCGUGUAAGGGACUGUGCUAUCUUGGUCGUUCAUAUAUGAAAUGUAUGUCUUCAAUGUUUUUUCGAUUAUACUCCAUGGUAAAUAUACAUCAUGUGCCUGCAUUACUCCUCUCAUCAAUGCCUCAAUGUGUCAAAUAAAAGCGGUAUUUUUCUCU